AUGGCGCUCUUCGGUUCCUCAGAAACCAGUUCUUCCGAUAGCUCCACCGAGCUUAAGAAAUCCCUGAUGCAACAAGUCCAAGCAGAGGCAGCGAUGAGCAAUGCCCGCCUGCUAGUCGCUAAAAUCAACGAGAACUGCUUCGAACGCUGCAUCCCAUCGCCCGGAUCGUCGCUGUCCGCUGGCGAAAACACCUGUUUGUCGUCGUGUAUGGAAAAAUACAUUUCGGCGUGGAACUUGACGAGUCGGACGUAUGUUGCGCGUGUGCAGAGUGAGGCGAAGAAGAUGGGUGCUUCGGCGGAUGUUUUGGGGGGUUUGUAA